AUGCCCCCACCAUGCCCGGACACCAUUCCAGCUUACUAUUCAACCACUUUACAUAUUAUCGGUGGAAUUUCUCUGCCAAUAAACUUAAUCGGAUUCUGGUUGGUAUGGUUCCAGUCGCCUGGAAUGUUCGGCUACAAAUAUUGUUUGUGUUAUAUGCAGCUCGCUGCGUUCCUAACCGAGCUCCAUAUGACUUGGGGUUGUCCAGCGUAUUAUUUCUUCCCACUAGUCGGCGGAUAUAAUACUGGCGAGUUUUUGGGGCAAUUCAUAAGUGCUCAUUUGAGCUUUUCCCUCUGGGUUGGGGUUUAUUCGUGUGAAUUGGCUGGUGGGCUGUGUUGUUUCGUUUAUAGACAUAAUGCGGCUGUGCAGAUUAGUCAGCUCGCCGCGUUUCUAACCGAAUUAUACAUGUCUUGGAUAUGUCCUGGCUACUAUUUUUUCCCAUUAGUCGGUGGAUAUAAUACUGGAGAGUUUUUCGGGAAAUUUAUAGAUUCUCAUAAAAGUAUGAGCAUUUGGGUUGGGAUUUAUUCGUUCGAGUUGGCUGGUGGACUGUGUUGCUUUGUUUAUAGGCAUAAUGCAGCUGUACAGAUUUGUCAGAACUAUCCACAAUGCUUAAAAUGGAUGGCGUUUGAUGGUUUUGAAGCGUAUGACAGUAGUGCGAAUCCAAUGAUUAUUGUUACUGGAGCCGGAGCAUUUGUCUUCGUUUUUAUUAUUGUUUGGUACUGCUUCUCUCUGGGGGUCCAUACCAUGAUUCUUUUGCAACGCCUGCGCAGUCACAUGUCCGUUCAAACCUACCAUAUGCAUCGAGCCGCAUUGCUCAGCUUAUCCAUGCAACUUGCACUGCCUGGUGGUCUGAUUAUCAUCCCGAAGAAUAUCAUACUGUAUAUCACUUUAACCGAAUCUCUGGAAAGUCAGGAAAUCGCCACCAAUAUGAUGUUCCUUAUGGGAUCUCACUCAAUGUGUCAGGUUACUGUAAUGGUUAUGAGCAAUUCUGUGUAUCGGAGAGUUUUGAAGGAAAAAAUUUGGAAAUUUUUGAGAAUCGAUAUUCUGACGAAUCAGCAGUACGGUAGUUCUGUGGAGCCAAGUGAACGGACGAAUAGUUUUGUGAGACAGGCUGCUGCACAGACUGCAAUUCCAGUUGCUUGA